AUGUCGGCGACCUCCCUCCAAUCCGUACCCAAUUCCUACUCGCCCUUCUCGACCCAGCCACAAUCCAAACGAAUGCCCCAAUCCCAAACCCCCGGGCUGGACACGCUUGCGGAGGGGUCACAGUAUGCACUGGAACAACUCCAGCUAGCACGGGAAGCUGGCGCAGCCAACACCCCAUCCGAUCUCGCUCAAUCACUCCCUGAUUCCAAGCUGCCGCACACCCAACAUCUUCUAUAUAGCGAACAAGACGCCUCCGUUCUCAAAGGUUCAUCGCGCGACAGCCUUGCCGAGGCUCGGUCCGCAAUCCGCAAGAACUCGUCUGCCACCCCGGUCCGGCGGAGAAUUAGUCGGGCGUGCGACCAGUGCAACCAGUUGCGAACCAAGUGCGACGGGCAAAACCCGUGCGCACACUGUGUUGAGUUCGGACUUAGUUGCGAAUACGCCCGCGAGCGCAAAAAGCGCGGGAAAGCAUCGAAAAAGGAUAUAGCUGCAACCACAGUCACCACCGACAGCGAAGUUGGUGGUAAAGAUAGUGCGACGCAUACACAAAGCCAGACGUCGAAUGGUCAUUCUAUCCCCGAGCCCAACGAAAGCUACGAUCCAGCCUUUGAUGCUGCGCGCACUCUAACCGAAAGCGCACAAUCACGGCCACAUAACACUGAGAUACCUGGUAUGUCUGGGAUGCGCCAAAACCAGGCCCCUGUUCAACCUUCGCAGCAGCAGAUUAGCUCCAGCAUGGCAGGUAUGCCAUUCAACCAUUACGAAGCACUACAGGAAUCGCAGCGACCGCCAAUUUCGGUUCCUGAUCUGCGCUCUAUACAUAUGAUGCAAACUGCGAAUGCAAAUCCUCGGUCGCCCGGCUCAAUGCUUCAUUCUCAGGGUUUUGGAUCGGGAUAUAACGACGGCACAUACCCUCUCAUGAAUUCGCAAGAGGCAAAUCCAACGUCUAUGAACCAGUUCCGACUUGGGAACUCGGCGGAGAACCCUGGAGCUGCAUUCUUGGGGUUCUCUCCGCCGGGUCAAUCGCCUAGUUGGCUGCCACUCCCUUCUCCUUCUCCCGCCAAUUUUCCGUCCUUCAGCAUGCCACCUUUAUCCAGUUCGUUGAGGUACCCCGUCUUGCAACCAGUUCUUCCACACAUUGUGUCUAUAAUCCCUCAAUCUCUGGCCUGUGAUCUUCUCGAUGUCUACUUUACCAGCUCUUCUUCCUCACAUCUCUCUCCGGCGUCUCCAUAUGUUGUCGGUUAUGUUUUCCGCAAGCAAUCCUUCCUACACCCCACAAAACCGCGGGCUUGCAGUCCCGGCCUUCUCGCUAGUAUGUUGUGGGUAGCCGCACAAACGAGCGAGGCUGCAUUCUUGACAUCGCCUCCCUCGGCUCGUGGACGAGUCUGUCAAAAGCUUUUGGAAUUAACCGUUGGCCUGCUUCGGCCACUUAUCCAUGGUCCUGCGACUGGGGAGGCAUCCCCGAAUUAUCCUGCUAAUAUGGUAAUCAACGGGGUCGCUCUAGGUGGAUUUGGCGUAUCAAUGGACCAGUUAGGCGCCCAAAGCAGUGCAACUGGCGCUGUGGAUGACGUCGCUACGUAUGUCCACUUGGCGACCGUCGUUUCGGCUAGUGAAUACAAGGCUGCAAGUAUGCGAUGGUGGACAGCCGCUUGGUCACUUGCACGAGAGCUCAAGCUAGGUCGCGAACUGCCACCAAAUGCGACAACUCGUCAGGACGGCGAACUGGAGGGCGAAGGCGAGCUUGAUGUGAACGGCAAGCGGCAACCGCCCCAGCUCAUGGGUCAUGGUCCUGGUAAUUCGGCUGUCAACCUGACAGAAGAAGAACGGGAAGAGCGCCGUCGGAUAUGGUGGUUGUUAUAUGCUACUGAUCGCCAUUUAGCGCUCUGUUACAACCGUCCUUUGACACUUCUCGAUAAGGAGUGCGAGGGUCUGUUACAGCCUAUGAACGACGAUAUUUGGCAAACAGGAGACUUUUCGUCAGUCAACUACCGUCGCGCUGGUCCUUCCUUCGAGUGCACUGGCCAUAGCAUGUUCGGGUACUUCUUGCCAUUGAUGUCCAUCCUCGGUGAAAUUGUGGAUCUGCAACAUGCCCGCAACCAUCCGCGAUUUGGUCUUCAUUUCCGCAACAGCGGUGAAUGGGAAUACCAGGCAAUGGAAAUCAGUCGACAGCUCGAUGUCUACGCCCAGAGCUUGAAAGAAUUUGAGGCUCGAUUCACGAGUUCCCUCGCUCUUGGUCCGGAGGCUGAUACUGCCAUGGAAGGGUCCAAUCUCAAUCACGUCAGCCCGUCAGGUCGAUCGAGUAGCACCGUGGGAUCACAUAUUAGCGAGUCCAUCGUCCAUACAAGGAUGGUGGUUGCUUACGGCACCCACAUCAUGCACGUUCUCCACAUCCUGCUAGCUGGAAAGUGGGAUCCGAUCAAUCUUCUCGAUGAUAACGACCUCUGGAUUUCAUCCGAAUCGUUCAUUUCGGCCAUGGGACAUGCUGUCAGCUCUGCUGAAGCCGCUUCGGAUAUCCUUGAAAACGACCCCGAUCUGAGUUUUAUGCCCUUCUUCUUUGGAAUAUAUCUGCUUCAGGGUAGCUUCCUCCUACUCCUGACUGCGGAUAAGUUGCAAGGAGAUGCUAGCCCAAGUGUGGUCAGAGCAUGCGAAACUAUCGUGCGAGCACAUGAGGCCUGUGUCGUGACUUUGAACACUGAAUAUCAGCGAACUUUCCGAAAAGUCAUGCGCUCGGCUCUUGCCCAGGUCCGCGGCCGUGUUCCAGAAGACUUUGGCGAGCAGCAGCAGCGCAGACGUGAAGACAUUUCACAUCAGCGCAAUGGAUUCGAUCUUUCACCAGAAGAGCUUGCUGAGUGGUAUCUCAAGUUGCAGCAGAUUGGCAACGUGCACAAUAUAAACCUCGUCACGCCGGAACAUGUUGUUCCACAAGUCGUCCUCUCCAUUUUGACAGCGCGCGAUAUGGGACUUCGCAUUCCGAUCAUCUACAACAGCUCUUCAUAUGAUUCUCUUGAAUCUUUGCAACUACUCGAUGGCCUGGUUGACAUCUACCUCCCAGACUUCAAAGUAUGGCACAACAGCACAUCGAAACGCCUCCUCAAAGCAGACAACUACACAGAGACAGCAAUGGAAAGCAUCAAAGAGAUGCACCGUCAAGUGGGCGACCUCUCAUUUACAUCAGAUGGCAUAGCGAAAAGGGGAGUCUUGCUACGUCACCUGGUAAUGCCAGGUAAAGAGGACGAGGGCCGGGAGAUUAUGCGCUGGCUGGCUGAGAACGUCUCUCGAGAUCUGUAUGUGCACAUCAUGGAGCAGUAUCAUCCCGAUGCUCAUGUUGGCAAAAAACGACGUGUGACGCGUAAAGUACGCAUUGGCGAGGCGGAGGGCGCGUCAGAGGAAAUUCGGUAUGCGGAGAUCAACCGUGCGGUGCGGGACGAGGAGCUUCUCAGUGUACGGGAUGCCGCUGUUAAGGCUGGAAUUUGGCGAUUCUGUGAGGUGAAUGAGAAUAACAGUGCAUUUCAUCUGUGA